UUUUUGAAUUAGAAAAAUAAUAAAUAUUAGAAUAUGUCAGCAAACAAAAAGAAGAAUUUAAAAUCGGCUGAAGCUGAUAGCUCCAGUGAAGAUGAGGAUAUUAAAAACGAUGACGAUAAUGAAGAAGAGGAAGAUGACGAUAUGGAAAGUGACGACAGCGAUGGAAUGGACUCGGAAUCGUUCCAAGAGAAAGAGGAGCUGCAAAUAGAAUUCGAGGGACGCGCACCAGUAGAUCCAGAUGCGGAGGGCAUUUCACAGUUGCUGCAGCGCCUCGUACCACGCGCACAGAUCAAUUGUAAUCAGCUGGCUGAACUUCUCAUAGCGCAAAACUUUGUGGGCAGCGUUAUAUGCCAGUGCAUGGAUGACGGCCCCGACAGUGAAACGGACGAUAACAUGGUCGAGGAUGACACCAUCUUUGGCAUCACAUCUGUGGUGAAUCUAACGGCCAAAAAAGAUAAGCCCGUUAUAGAACAGCUGCGUAAAUACAUAACAGAGCGCGCUGCGAAGCAUGCAACAAAACAGGUGCAAGAGCAGCUGAGGAAUCUGCUUGACAACGAGCAACAGCACGUGGGCCUUCUGAUCAACGAGCGCUUCAUCAACAUCCCAGCACAGAUUUCCGUGCCGCUACUACAAAAUCUGCAUAAGGAAAUUGAAGCGGCCAAGGCCAAGAAAAUGAAGUUCAACUUUGGCACGCUGCUAAUGCUGGUCAAGUUCCACCGCAAGCUGGGCAAGAAGGGCAAACCAGAUGAGGAUCAGUUCACCAAUGCCGAAGAGGAGCUGCUGGCCGAACGUUCCAAAUUUAGUUUCGAGUAUGCGAUGGAUAUCGAAAGUGAUUGGCCAGAGGACGUGGGUGGCUUAAAGCCAUACAGAAAACUUCUGGCGCUAGAAGCCAAGCAGCUGCCACAGCUGAUUAACGAAAUACAAGCCUAUAUAAAUGGAGAAUAAGAGCUUGGAAGGAGAUUAUAUAUUUCAUUAAAAGCCGUUGUUUUAGAUCCAAUUGACCAAAUAACAGAC